UGCGUUUACUUUAUCAACAAUAGAUAGAGAGAGAGACGCGCGUUCACACGAGGACGGGACGCGUUUGAACGAAAGAGCGAGCUGUGUCUCCAAACACGGACCCUGCUUCGGAUUCACCCGCGCUUCUCGCGCUACCGCCAGUCUGUACUUCAGAAACGGGACUGUAAUAACAACACCGGGGCGCAGCACAACAGAUCCCGGAGAAGCGCGCUUUUGAUAUGAGAUGACGACAGACUGCUCUGGUUUGAAGUGGUGUCCCUGUGGGCUACUCGGCGCUGGACGGACGGCAGCGGAACCCGACAGUGACAGAUAGAGCGGUCUUUGUCUCCAGCUCACCUGUGGUGCUCCUGGAUGUUCAUCAGGAUGGUGCAUUCAGCGUCUCUCUGUGCCUGUCUGUCUCUUCUGACUGUGCUCAGCUGUCACUCUCAUGUCCUCCCCCGGCUCUCUUUUCCUAUGGGUGACCCAGGUCGUUCCCUCAGUAUCUUCACAAACCCUGACGUUUACAACACCACCACGCUGUUGCUUAGCAAUGACGAGGCCACGUUAUUCGUCGGAGCACGCGAUGCCGUUCUCGCAAUCGACGUCGGUCAGAGUGAUGCGAUGACCUUGAAGGAGAAGUUGGACUGGUCUCCGUGAAAAGAUCUUACUGACUGUGCUAUGAAAGGCAAAAUGAAGAUGGACUGUCAUAACUUCGUGAGGGUUUUACAAGUGCUGAACUCCACUCAUAUGUUCUCCUGUGGAACCUUUGCCUUCAGCCCGCGCUGCAUCUACAUCAAUUCAGAGACAUUUUCCAUGGCUACAGGCCCCAGCGGUAAGCCAGAAGAAGGUAGAGGCCGGUGUCCUUAUGACCCGUACCAGAAAAACACUGCCAUUACUGUGGAUGGAGAACUGUACACAGGAACAGUGGCAGACUACAGGGGAACUCGGCCCGUCAUUUCACGACACUUGAGCGAGGGCAGCCGUGUUGAUCUGAAACUGGAUGAUACAUUUGGCUUGUUAGAAGAUCCUACAUUCAUCAGCUCCACGUACGUUCCCAAUGAGGAGAAGGUUUAUUUCUUCUUCAGUGAAAUUGGAAAAGAAUAUGACUUCAUUGACAAGUUUACAGUGUCUCGCGUCGCCCAAGUUUGCACCAGCGAUGUGGGAGGCCAGCGUACUCUGCAGAAACGCUGGACCACCUUUGCCAAGGCUCAGCUACUGUGUCAAGCUGAACAAGAGCUGCCAUACAACAUCCUGCAGGACAUCGUCAGCCUUACGCCAGCGGAGGGCGCAUCGGAGGACCAAACUCUGUUCUACGGGAUUUUCACUUCUCAGUGGCAAGUGAACUUGGGUCGCUCAGCCGUGUGCGCUUUCAGCCUCAAAGACAUUAAAAAGGUGUUCGCAGGCCAUUACAAGGUUCUGAAUCGGGACACUCUGAAAUGGAGCACACGGGUACAGGAGCAAAUAGCAAACCCUGGAGAGUGUGGCCUCCAUAACGCAUCGGACAACGCUCUGCGCUUUGUUAAGGACAACUUCCUGGCUGAUAAAAGCGUUCGACCGGUCAAUCAGGGCCUGACACUGGUGUCACCUGAUAAGAGCUACAGCAACCUCGCCGUUCAGAGAGUCCGUGGGUCGGGCGGAAGAGAUUACACCGUGCUUUACCUCCUCACGGAGUCGGGCUACCUCCACAAAGCUGUGCUCUUAAGGAACGGAGCUCACAUCAUUGAGGAGAUCCAAGUGUUUGAUCGACCUCAGACAGUCAAAAGCCUGCUGCUGUCGGUCUCAAAGGGUGCGGUGCUCAUAGGCUCUUCAGAAGGAGUCGUUUCAGUGCCCGUGUCCAACUGUUCGUACUACUUGAGCUGCGCUGAGUGUGUUUUAGCCAGAGACCCCUUCUGCGGCUGGGACCCCGUGAUGAAGCUCUGCACAGACACGCACACUCACGACCGUCUUGUCCAGGAUGUAGAUGAGGGAAAUGCAUCGGCGCAGUGUACGUAUGUGACCCCCAGGUCACGCUCCGGUCAGUCCCGAACCCCCUCGAGUGAAGUGGUGCCCGUGUCUCUGAACGAAGUAGUGCGCCUGCAGUGUCCCGAAGCGUCAAACCUCGCCAGACGCCACUGGGAGCGCCUCAACAGCCAGCUCUCGCCCAAAAUCUACAUCCAGUCGGACGACGGCGGCGGCCUGAGCUUCGUGGCGACCCCGUCCACCCUGGGACACUACCUGUGCCAGGCCGUGGAGAACGGCUACAGCCAAACGCUGGCGGUCUACCACGUCAAGCAGAAGAGCAGCCCCAUCGUCCUCCCCUCCAGCCCCAGCCGCCCAAACAGCACCCCGUCCACCAAAGCGGGCGUCGAACCCCCCUCCACCACCCGGCUGAACACGCCUCCGCAGACAGAGCCGAGGCCCGAACCGGGUCCCACAGUCACGCUCAAAGAUCCCCCUCGCAAAAGCAGGAACUUCACCCGCUCGCCCGACGCGAAGGAAAACUCCCGAAUGACCGAGCCUGGGGAGAACCUCCAGCGGGCGGACAAGCCCGGCUACCUCCAGGAGCUGGUGGUGGUGUCCGUCCUGCUGGCUCUGUGCGUCAGCGCCUUGCUGACCAUCGCUUUUAACAGGUUCAGGCAUCUGUGUCGCAGCCGGACGGUCCCGCAGGCUCCUUCCUCUCGGAGGGACGCGGAGAAGGGCGCGAGCGGGACGCCUCAGGAGAGGGAGUCUCUCAGGGGACGUUCGCCUCGUCCGGACAAGCGCAGCGGACAGGCUCCCAACGGACAGUCCCACAACGGUCAGGCGCAUAACGGCAAGUCUCCCAUCACUCUGAGCAACAGCAUGCUGAACGGCUCCAACGGACACCUGCCCAACACGCCCAUCUGACGCUCGCCUUCUGAUUUCGCCGUAGACCUCUUUUCUGAGCCAAAUCGGGGGCGUCUGCCGUACUCGACCCCGUCGCCCGACCACUUCGCGGUCCGAGAGGAAAACAGACUGGCGCAUCGGACCUUUUUAACGAAGCUUUUUUUGAGCUUUGAGACUCAAAGGUCUUCGACUCUUGGUACUACAGUAGCGUACGUUCUUCAGUUCGUUCAUAUUUAUGCUGUAAUUUAUGUGACGGCUGUUCGUUUCAGUCUAAAGUGCAUCAGAUUUCACGCCUCUCUAAAAUCACACGCGAGUGAAAUACAUGCUUAGAUGGUCAGAUUUUCAUCGACCUGUUCGUUUUUAUUCAAUCGACGUUAGACGCCGUUCAGUCGACUCAGUUUAAAAUGUACUUUUUAAAUAAUUA